GCUGCCCUGGCAGUGGGUUGACUCGCAACCUGCACACAACAGUCAUCCUUCGCAUUGGGAUCGCACGGGUCAUCGCUGGCUGGUGACUACUUGACAUGCUAGUCUGCUACAGGCUUGGUACAACUUGACGAGCCUUCCUCACUAUGUUCUCCACGCUGGAGGCAGACAUCCGGCCGGGCUUGGGUUUGGGCCUGUUCGAGGUGGGGUCGUCAUUAUGGAACGUGCUUGAUAUGCUACGCCGCGUACAGCACGCCUUUCCUCUCGUCGAUGUCAAGUUCGACCCUGAUUCAUCCACUACCCCUGUCAUUCUGCACAUCCGACCACAUCUGGACCUGCUAUUCUCCGGUCAUCACCAACGCUUACACACUAUCUGCCUCAGAAAGUUGCGGGAUCCGAAUCCUCCUGUGACACUCAAGUUUAAGGAGACCAUCCUCUCCUCCGCGGAUGAGGUCUUCAGGCGAGUCGGCGUAAGCCGCACAUUCGGUCCUACAUAUCCCGGAGACGACUUGCGUUACCCCGGUGUUCUAUUCAGCUUUGAGGAAGACAGCCGGGACGAAGGCCUGAAGGGAACUGCAACGCAUACAGAUGAUAAGUUGCAGGAGGUGAAGCGGGUCGUUACCACACAGAAGAGCGCCAACGACGAAGUCAAAGAUGCUCUUGACGAAGUGGUCGAGUGCCCUUCGAUGUCCGGUGAGAUUAGAAAGGCUGUGCUGAAGGUCCAUGAAGGCGUAGACCUCUACUUCUACCCAUCAGCUACGGAGCCUGUCCGUGUACGCCUGGGCGUGACCUCCGCCCAAGGCUUGACGUGCGACCUUGGUGCGCCACUGCGAGUCCAUUACAUUGAAGAAGACGACAGGAUGACCAUCCACGCGAGACUUUCUGCUGAAGACGAAGACGCGGACACAGAUUAUUUCUAUAACUAUCUUCAACAUGGAGUUGACCUCCUUGUUGAUGGGACUACCCAUAUUGUGAAGAAGAUUGUUGUCCACACCAACGUGCCGGGAUCGCCUUUGUUCCAAAGAUACAAACGGUGUCCCUGGGAGAUUGAAGGUAGGCCAUAAGACGACGAAGACGAGACACAUCCCCGUGUCGGAUUCUACGACACAGGUGAUACGAUCAGUCAUUUCCUGAGUCCCAAAGCACAACCACCCACCAUGCUUCUCGACCGCACUGACGAAGACGAUGCACUGACACUCCCUAGCUCGAAGACCCGUCUGCUGGGGUUCGACGGGAUCAUUCUCGAGGCCACGGAGUCGACGCAAGUGGUGUCUGUGAUGCUAUUCUGACGACCCAGCCAGCGUUUCCU